UAGGCGAAGGUGGUCAAGUCAAGAGGCUGUAGUCCCAUGGGAGCCGAUCGGGAGCAUCCGAAUGGUUCGUGGAGGCUCCAGCCAUCAGGCCGUCCAGGCGUCAAGGCCCACCCGGACGGGAGAUACCUCAGGCGGUCAGGCCUCCCGCAGCUGGACGAUCUUGCCCCAAGGGGGUUAAGCUGAUCACGAUAGGCUAUCCACUAUUCCACUGUAUCUCCCCCGACGAACUCGACAAACUUUGGUCCCAGUGCUUUUGUGGUGCACUGUGAGGACUCAGGACUGAGGACGGCUGGCAGUCGCCUUUGCAGCUGUCCCAGGUGGGUCGCCCAUCCCAGCCCAUGACUCUCUGCCGACCCCAGAAAUGUCUAGCAUUCGCUUUGGUGGAUUUUUACUCCUUCCUGUUUGGCCGGGAAUUCUUCCCCCUGCAGCUACUCACGAUAGUGCUUCCUUUGAACUGCACAAUGAAGGGACCCUACAUCUGGCUUGUUUGUCGCAGCGCUGAACUUUGUCUAUCACAGACACAGGAACUAUUGUUUUCUGUCUCUGGCCGGGUCCCCCUUUCCCUCCCUUCAUCGCAAUCCUCUCCCCCACCAAAUGCUCUCCUUUCUGCCCAUGGUGGAGAAGAUCAACCUUCUGCGCCAGCCACUCUUUCCCCUUCAACCCACUCCUUGCUUUUCGGACUUGGAGGUCCGAUUGCUUUAUCUGUGAUUGUGCAGGCUGGACUUGACAAUUGCAGUAGUGCAUGCACACAGAAUAUGCAAAAUUUCCCGAAGCCCUUCAGACCUUCAAGCUUCAAGUCAGUGAUCGUUACACUCGGGCAGACCCUGGAUAGAAAUAUCCGAACAGACUGCUUAUCAAUUAGCCAGUGGAAAACUCUGAUCUCGUCAAUUUUAUUAUGUUAUAUACAAAUUUGGUUGCCUUUGAUGAUCAGAGUAUCUCCACCGGCGGAAAACUCGGGAAAGAUCAUCUUUCCUCGUGUCUUGGGUCUCUGACUCAGGCGGUGGAUGAUCUCUAAAUGGGUAAAGGCGUGCUAACACCACGUUCUUGGCGGCCUGCCAUCUAAGAAUCUAUUCCUGACACCCGAACCCACCUAUGGGUCGUGCUCAACAAUCACCCACCAGAGUAGGAAUGUCAAGACAAACUAGUGUUGCAAAUAAUGCCGAAUAUGGUCCGUGAAGAAGGUGAUCGCCGGAUGGGGUCUAUGCGUGUGAGCCUG